AUGUCGCACACCCAACCAUCUCCCACGGCGGGGCCGGCGCAGCACCAUCCGGGCGUGAUGGUGGCGCAUCCUCCGGUCAAUGGCCAUAUGCCUCCCGCGGCGAUGCCUGCGCAAGGUCAGAAGGGAGUGCCCUUGACGACAGCUCAGAAGAUUGCUGCCCUGAAUGAACAAGUCUGGCUUCAAAUUGGAAGCCUCACCGAACUGAUGGGUGACCUGGAUGGUGCGAUGAACGCGUAUGAACAGGCUCUGCGCCAUAAUCAGUGGUCCAUUCCAGCCAUGAAUGCCAUUUCAUGCAUUCUCCGCACAAAGGAACAGUUCCCCAAGGCCAUUGAAUACCUGCAAAAUAUCCUCAAGCUCGACCCCACAAGCGGCGAGACCUGGGGUAGCCUAGGUCAUUGUCACCUGAUGAUGGAUAACUUACAAGAGGCCUACACCUCCUACCAGCAGGCCUUGUACCAUCUACGUGAUCCUAAGGAACCAAAGCUCUGGUACGGCAUCGGUAUCCUUUAUGACCGCUACGGAUCCUUGGACCAUGCCGAAGAGGCUUUCUCGCAGGUGAUGCGGAUGGCGCCUGAAUUUGAAAAGGCCAACGAAAUCUAUUUCCGCUUGGGCAUAAUAUAUAAGCAGCAGCAGAAGUUCAGCCAAAGUCUCGACUGUUUCAAAUACAUCGUCAAUGACCCUCCACGCCCGUUGACGGAAGAGGACAUCUGGUUCCAGGUGGGCCAUGUCCACGAGCAACAAAAGGAUUUCGACUCGGCGCAAGCCGCUUACCGUCGUGUCCUGGAACGUGAUCCCAACCAUGCCAAAGUCCUCCAGCAACUUGGAUGGCUGUAUCACCAGCAGAGCAACAGCUAUGCCAGCCAGGAGAAGGCGAUUGAGUACUUGGAGAAGUCUGUCAGUGCCGACAACAACGACGCUCAAAGUUGGUACCUUCUCGGUCGCUGCUACAUGUCGCAGGCCAAGUACCCGAAGGCGUAUGAAGCUUAUCAGCAGGCCGUCUACCGCGAUGGUCGCAACCCUACAUUUUGGUGCUCGAUUGGUGUGCUCUACUACCAGAUCAACCAGUAUCGCGAUGCUCUCGACGCCUACUCUCGUGCGAUUCGCCUAAAUCCCUAUAUUUCGGAGGUUUGGUAUGAUCUCGGUACCCUGUACGAGUCAUGCAACAACCAGAUUGCGGAUGCCCUGGAUGCCUACGGCCGGGCUGCGGACCUUGAUCCUACCAAUGUUCACAUCAAGGCGCGUCUGCAGCUUCUCCAGAGCCAGCUGUCGGGCUCGACCCAGCAGAACAAUGCCCCUGCGCCACAGCCACAGGACGUCCACCCCCAGGCUUAUCAGGCGCCGGGUGUCGGUGCUCCUCCCGCUCCUCAGUGGGGUGGCCCCGCGCCCGCUGCUGCCCCGGCACCAGUCGGUCCCCCUCCCCAAGCUCCCGCCCCUCCACGCCAGAUUGACUGGAGUCGGGGCGCCAACGAUCUGCACCCCCAGCAAGCGCCUUCCCUCGCCGCUGCCAAUGGCGUGGACCAGCGCGAUGCCAUGCGUGGCCCGGGUGCCUCUCAAGCCAGCCCCCGUCAAGACCCUGGCCGAGCAUUCCCGGACCCUUCACGCCCGGGCGCAUCCACUCGCUCGCCGAAGAUGGCCGGUUCCGGUGGCUAUCCUCCCCACCAUACCCUGCCUCAGCUGGGAAAUGGCCCGGCUCCCACCCACGAGCGUGGCCCUAGUGGCGGCAAUGCACCCUUCGGGUCUGGUGGCCGUGGUCACUUGCCUCCAGCCCCCGCUGGUCCCCCCGGAGGAGCACCCGGCGCACCCAACACUGGUGUGGCCCCUGGCGGCCCGGCCCCUCCUUAUCCUCACCGACCAUUCACCCCUCCGACGGAGAUUCGCCCCAUUCGCGACGAACGACCUUCUUCCCCCGGCGCCGGCUAUCCCCACCAGCAGUAUCACCACGGUCCCCUGGCCCCUGCUCCCCCAGGGGGCGCGACCGGCAUUGCGGCUGGUGCUCCUCCUCCCGCGUCUGCUACAAGCGCUGCUGACCAAGCCGCCCGUGACCGCGUGGAUGACCGCCCCCCGUCGGCUAUGAAGCGUGGCCGUGAGUGGGAGAGUGAGGCCGGCCCUAUCAAGAAACAGGCGAGCGAUGAGACCCGAGCCCGCCUCGAUGACCAGAACAGUCGCCGGCCCAGUCCGCCCGCCCGCCUGCCUUCUCCCAGUCAGAUGCAGCGACGUAGUUCCUCUGAGGCUCGUCGGGAGGAUGCUCGCCGAGCCAACGAGAACUAUCAUCCCUCCGAGGCGGCUCACCAUCCCCCCACGCUGCCUUCUAUUCAAAGCAUGCCUCCUCAUGCAGCCGGUGGCCCGGGUCUUCCUCCCAUGUCAGAGAGCACUGCUCCUCCGUCUGCCCCGUCCAAUGGUCCUCCUUCCUCUGCCCCUCCGGCGGCUCGCACACCUGUCAAGGAGGAAGCGUCCCGUCCUGAAGCGCCUGCCUCUCACGAGCCCGCUGCUCGAAAGAUGGACGUUGAUGAGGACUAUGAUGAUGAUGGUGACGAUGACAAGAAGGCCAGCAUCGUGGCCAAGGCUAGCCCCAACGGCAGCGCUGCCGGCGUCGGUCCUAAUGGAAAUGCCAUUGGCAAUGGUCGGCAGGGCACUCCUUCCAAGACUGAGACUGCCUAA